UAUGCUCCCCAGUCCCCAAGUCCUCGCUCUCGCGCCAUUUUUUGUCCCGAAGUUCCUUCACAGCAGCUUUGCUCCUCGACGUUCGCCCUCACACUACAUGAUUAUUACUUGUAACUUCCUGAAUUUCUCGUGGUUAAAGGAACCUGGGGAGAGCGGUGAUGGAGAGGAAUCCUGCUGCCUGUGCCAUGGAAUGGAGCAUUGAGCUGGAGAAGGCCCUACGUUCCAAAAACCCUGAUCUCUGUGUUGAAGCUAUAUUACGGACUGGGUCAAGGCUGGAGCAUUGGAGUAGAGAACCCAAACCAACUAUGGCUGUGUAUAAGAUGUUUGGCUUAGUGCCCGGGGAGGAUAGGCUUUUUGCCAACACCAUCCUAUUACGGCUUGCUGAUGCAUUUAGGUUGGGUGGCAAGCACAUCAAACUUGCCAUUGUUAGGAUUUUCUUAGCAGAGUACAGGCAUCGUGGCAAGAAGAAGAAGAUUAAAGAAAACAAAGGGAUUUUAUCGAUGGCCACAGUUCACAAUCACGUAGAAUUGUUGAGGAGAGUAAAGAUUGUUUUUGAUACUGGGGAUGCUGAGUUGAGGGCAUUGGCUUUAGCUCUCUUUGGUUGUUGGGCUGACUUUGCAAAUAACAGUGCCCAGAUACGAUACUUGAUACUCUCUAGUCUAGUUUCGUCUGAUGCUUUGGAGGUUAAAGCGUCAUUGUUUGCUGCUGGAUGCUUUUCUGAGUUAUCAGAUGAUUUUUCUUGUAUUGUAUUGGAGAUGCUGGUUCGUAUGGCAACUUCAUCAGAAACAUCGUCUGUGGUAAGGUUAGCUGGGGCACGGGUUUUUGCAAAGAUUGGGUGCUCAUAUUCAGUUGCAAAUAGAGCUUACAAGACUGGUCUAAAGUUGGUGUUGGACUCUUCUGAAGAGGAUUUUUUGGUCACGUCGCUAGUUUCACUCACCAAGCUCGCUUCCAAAUCAACCAUUCUUAUUUCUGAACAGGUGGACACGCUUUUCUCAUUUCUUACACGAGAAAAAACUAUGCGUAUUAAAGCAGCAGUGUUAAGAUGCCUGCAUUUCAUUUUCAUAAAAAGACCAUGCCAUCUUCCUGUGAAUGCAGAUCUAAUCAAAGCAUUAUUGAGCACUCUAAAUGAGCCCGAAGUUCCCACAUUCAUGCAACAUGAAGCUCUAAAGAUUUUACAUAAGAUCCUUUCAUAUAUUCCAUCUCAUUUGCCCUGUCUGGACACCGAAAUCACAAAGCUGUUAACCAUUGCUGAAGAUUCCUCCCAAUCUCCAAUUAUGUCGAAGAACUUCUUAUUUAUCCAGGUUCUGGUAGAUAUAUCAAUCAAGCUUAGGGGAAUAAGGGAAAGGGAAUCUGGUUUGUUUGUUUCCUCUCCUCUGCCAUCGAGGGUAAUAUUAUUGAUCAUAGAUCAGAUUACAUCGCUGGUAAAGCGAUUAUUGGAUCUUUGCCAGAUUGACUCCCCAGUGUUUCAAGGAGUUCAUGGUCUGCUCAACCUUCUUGUUCUUUUGGUUGGAGGAUAUACUGAUCUGGGCGUUCUGGUGCUGGAUAAAAUAUCUUUGUUUAUUGAAUAUGUUGCAAAUGUGCAUGACCACAUCAUGGCUACAAGGCAAUCAGAUAUACUAUUUCACGAGAUGGACUUCAAAAGAGAAAAGAGAACAGUCAUUAAGUCAAAGCUUUUACAUAUUGUAUACAGGUUUAUGGUUGCCUGUCUUGAAAAUCUCAAUGAAGCUCAUGCUCUCACUGUCCCAGUGUUUGAAAGAGUGAAGCUUCUGGUUGAAGAUGUGCGUAAGUGCAGCUCAUUUGAUUGUUAUUCAUGUACAAUCUACUCCCUGUUACUCCACCAUCGAAUCUUUUGGGGUUGCUUGGUGAAAGGAAGUGAGGAAUCUUGCAGUCAUGAUAGAGACUCUAUUAAUAGUUACUUGGUUGAGAAAGAGACUAUUACCCUAGAGUCUGCAAGUAAGAUGUUGAAAGAUGGGUAUUACUGGCCUGCUUACAAAGCUGGGACAUAUGCAGCAUGCCAGGGAGACUGGUUCACUGCUGCUUUCAUAUUUCAGUAUUUAAUAACAAAAGGUCAGUCUGAUAUUUGCUACUGCUGGUUAACAUCAAUAUUUCAAUUAGCUAAUUCUGAGAGGAAACUCCAUCUACUGGUUUUACCAAUACAGGGGUCUACUUUAGCUGAUUGGUUAAAGAAGAACGAAUUUCCAGCCAGUUUUGAUUUAAGUGAAGUCAGAAGAGAUACUGCCGGAAAUAAUAACGAGCCUAGUUACUGUGAGGAGUUUGUUGGGGCUUAUGAGGGCAUUUGCUCUUCUGGUAAAACAUUAGAAGCUGCUGUCAGAUCAGGUCAAGAAUUUUGUUUCCAGAGAUGGUUUCUGCAUGUAAGAGCUAAACUUUUAAGAGCCUUGGUAGAUAUACUAAGAAUUCUAAGAACCAUUCCAUUUAACCUGGACAACAUUAGCAAUAAUGUGGAGGUUGAGAGGAGUAUAUUGGUUGAGUGCCUGAAAUCUUUGCCUGAAGUUAUUCGGGUCUCUUUGCGGUUCAAGAAGCUAGCACAGGAAUUUGAUCUAAUUGCCACAUCUUUCAUUGGUAUGGACAGCAAGAGUUCAAAAGUCAUUUCAUCACUUGCACUAAGUUGUUCGCUUUUGGCCUUUAGUACCGGUUUCAUAUUUUUUGUUCCAAGUCUUCCCACCGAUUGUCUUACAUCUUGUGGUCUGGGAAACUCGGAAAACUCUUUACGUGUGAUGCUAAAACAAAAUUUAGUCGGGCGUUUGUGGCAUGUAGACCAUGAGAUAAGUAGAAAUCUCUGUCAGCUUUUUGAUGUCAGUGGACAGCUUAAGAUGUGUUUUGACUUGCAGUGUAGAAAUAAAAUUUUGAAGGUUGGAUGUGAAGAAAAUAUUCUUUCUAUCUGUAGUUAUGCUGUUUCUGGGAUAAUUGGUUUGCAAGAGGUAAAUAGAGAGCAUAACGAGGAUAUUUUAUCUCAAGUUGCCAAGGUUGGUUUACAACUUUUGUGGAGCAUUAUCAUGAAAUGGAUACAUAUUCCUUAUCAAACUCCCAGAUACUUCUUUAAAGUAAGGAAUUGCAUUGGGUCGGAGCUCUUUGCCUGCAAUUCGGACACUAGGAACCCAGAUGGAAUAUCUGUAUUGUCAGGCUUCCACCUGUCGUUAAACCUUUGUCUUCAACUGAUUAACUUGCCGCCGAAUCUCCCAGCUCAGGUGACCAAGUUAUACUGCAUUCUUUAUAGUAGGGUAUCCUUUGAGGAGCCCAGGCCAAAUGAAGAAAACAAGGAGCAGAUGUUGCAGGGUUCCCCAGCUUGGGAAACUGAUGACAUUGUGGAAAUCAACGGAAUGCUACUGCAUCAUGUGAAAAAUUUAAGCACCAAAAAGAUUAAUAAUAGCAAGCGUAGGAGGCGUGAUGACAACGAGGACGGGGUCUAUGCAUUUGUGCAUUUUGAACCAAAUGAGAGAGGCCAAGGAUUUGCAAGUUGCUUGCUUGAUAUUUCUGGUUUUCCAGUGGGUUCUUACAGAAUUAAAUGGCAUAGUUGUUGUAUUGACAAUCAGGGUUCUUAUUGGAGCCUCCUCCCUCUGAAUGCCGGACCUGUAAUCACUGUACGUAGAUCUUCCCUUGGUUGAUGUUUUAUAAUUACAUGUAAAUGAUUUUGUUUGCUGUAUCAAAUGUAUUCUGUCAGAGAAAAAUGUCAUUCUCCC